UGUGUUUCCUUUUAUUGUAGAUACAAUAACAUUUUACUUUUACCCUCUUAUUAUCUUUUCCCUUCAUCUUUUGCCUGUUUUCUUGACAGGAGUAUUUCCUACUUUGGAACCAGUUUGAUUGCUAUGAGAGUGGUUGCCCUGUGAGAGUCUGUUAGCAUAGGGAGGACGUAGCUUCUGCGCUACGGAGUGCAGACUAUCAUUAAUCUUGAUCCUGCAUUGCUGGUUGUUGCUUUUAUUAUGGGACAGAGCACUGCCCUGGGCCUCUGAGUCCAGGCUGGCUGUGUUGAAGGGACAACCCCCUUUUGAUGGACUGGUCAGCAUGAAAAGGACUGUCCUCCUCUCCAAUAUCCCUCUACCAGUUCCUCCAGGUUUCUGUCUGUAAACCAGGGAGCAAACUUUGCUUUCUGGACCAUUUCUUCAAUGAUGAUGAUAAAGUAUCAUAGUGUGAGGAACAGUUCUUGGCUUGCAGCAUCUGAAGUGAUGAGCAGCUGAGCUUCAAAAAUGGCACCUGGGAUGUGAAUACCGGAAGAUCCCAGCAGUGACAAGCAUUUCCACUUUGCCUGAUCCGUGAUUUGGAUGUGUGAGAACAGUGCUGGAGAGCCAGGAUGUGUAAGUUGUGACGUGCAGAAGACCACAUGAGAAAAAUCACUUUAAUCACCGUGAAUCUCAUUUGACAAAACAUUUUACAUCAAAAUGUCAAAAUGUAGUCAUUGGUUCUGUUGUAGUCUCUCCAGUCAUCCCAUUUUUAUUUAGUGGACUGAUCAUGAAUCAAUGGUAAAACUUGCUAUUUCGACAGUCAAAUUAAAGUUUGUUAAAGUCACUUAAUGUUGAGACAUGUAUAUGAUAAAGUACAUAAAUCCAAUACAAAAGACUGUUGGAAUUGUUGCAACAUGAAAACAGAGACAGGACCUACCUCUGUAAUUUUAUCAACUGCUGAAUGAAUGGGGCCGAAUAAGAUAAUAAAAAAAGCUUGCUUUCAAUGAAUCCGUCCUCACCCAAUAUACCAUAGAAAGAGAACUAUAUCUUGAUAUAUGACUGCUUCUCACAGAGUGAAUAGUUAUAUAGUUUUUCCAGUUGGUGACCUGUUAUAUAACUACAUAUUUAUAGAAGUUAUGUGGGCUGUUGACCAGUUAGGACAGAUCAUCUUCUGUAAUGAAUGAUUUUGCUGUCUUGUCUUCUUGAGCUUGCAGUGAGUUUGCAUGAUCAAUUUUCUCAUUUAAGCUUUUCUCAGUUCUUAAGAAGACUCGAAGUCAGCUGUGUUUCUUUCUCUACAGAUGCUGCCAGACCUGCUGAAUUUCUCCAGCAUUUCACCUUUUUAUUUUAAAGUUGCUGAGAUGGUUAGACCUUACAAUGUAGUACUAAAAACAGUAUUGGCAAAGAUUUGGAACAAGGUCAACUGUGUACACUUUAAGAUUUUAGAGUAAAUAUGUAACUUGGGUUGUGAAUGUUGUGGUUGAUUGGCUCGCUGAGUUGGUUUGUUGUUGCGCAGACAUUUCAUUGCCCUGCUGGGUAACAUCAUCAGUGCAGCCUCCGAUGAAGCGCUGUUGUGUUUUGUGUUUUCUCACCUGUUAUUUAAACUCUGGUGUCCGUUGAACUGGAUUACCUCACUUCCGGUUUUCCUUCACAAUGGAGCGUAUAUGGCGUCUAGCUCUAUGUGUUUAUUGAUGGCUUUCUUAGUGGAGAACCAGGCCUCUAGGAAUUCCCGUGCUUGUCUCUCCUUCGCCUGUCCAAGGAUCCUGGUUUUGGCACAAUCGAGUUGGUGGUUUUCCUUAUCCAUGUGGAUGGAGAUGAGAGAUGCAGAAAUUGCCGCCAAGUUUGCUUCACAGUUGAUCGACAUGGGAGCUGAUGUCACUCUUCGUAGCCGUUGGACAAACAUGAAUGCUUUGCACUAUGCAGCUUAUUUUGAUGUUCCUGAGCUGAUAAGAGUAGUUCUAAAGGAUGCAAGUGCUGGAGAUGUGGAUGCCACUUGCAGCGAUUUCAAUUUUGGAACAUCUCUGCACAUUGCGGCGUCAAACCUCUGCUUGUCAGCUGUGAAAUGUUUAUUGGAACAUGGAGCCAAUCCAGUCUUUAGGAAUGAUAAAGGACAGAUGCCUGUCGAUAUUGUUCCUGACCCCUUGGAUAUGCCGCUCGAGAUGGCUGAGGCAGCAGCAGUUGCCAAAGAACUGAAACAGAUGCUUCUGGAUGCAAUACCGCUGACAUGCGACAUUUCAAAAGCCAUGUUGAAAAACUAUGAUCACAUCUCAGGCAAGGCACUACUGAUGUCGCUGGGCCUAAAGCUGGGAGAGAGAGUGAUGAUUGCAGGGCAAAAGGUUGGCACGCUACGAUUUUGUGGCACCACUGAAUUUGCCAGUGGCCAGUGGGCAGGGAUUGAGCUGGAUGAAGCAGAGGGAAAGAAUGAUGGAAGUAUUUGUGGCAUUCAGUAUUUUAGCUGUCCCAUUAAACACGGGAUUUUUGCACCACUUUCCAAGAUUAGCAAAGUACCCAUGGUAAAAAAGAGUGUAACAAGGACAUCAAGUAAAACGUCAACUCCUGUCCGAUCACAAAAAAUUGAUUUGUCGCGUGUUACAUCAAAAGUUAACACAGGUCUACUUUCUUCCAAAAAGUAUGUUCAAAAAGAUCCCAUACCAGCUCAGGACAUUACCAAACCUCAGGCUGGAACAGAAGUUUCUCUGCCUGGGUCACUCUGCUCCUCAUCCUCCUCUACUUCUUCAAUAGAAAGCAGGCACUCCAGACAAAGGCAGCCACCCACACGACAAAGGAAUUUGGCCAACUCUAAGAAGAUGGCAGCUAAACCAGCACCUGCAAGCACAAGGAUCACCACGGGUUUGCGGAAUCGAGCUCCAUCAGUUGGCAGUCUGGGUUGUGUGCAGACUUGUAAGAGUGAUAUAAAGAUUGGAGAUCGUGUGGUUGUGGUUGGACAGAGGAGCGGAACAGUACGAUUUUAUGGGAAAACAAGCUUUGCACCAGGUUAUUGGUAUGGGAUUGAGUUAGAUAAACCCAAUGGCAAGAAUGAUGGCUGUGUAGGAGGAGUACAGUAUUUCACUUGUCUGCCAAAACAUGGAGUGUUUGCGCCUCCAUCCAGAGUUCAAAGGAUGACUGAAGCUCUGGAUUCCUUCUCAGAUAUCCCAACCAAUAAACUUAAACUUAUAGGUUUUCAUCGAAGUUUUAGCACCCCAUCUGCUCUUUCAUCACCACGGGAGAUUAAAAAAAAGAACACUUUGAACAGGCCAAAAAAUGCAACCAUGCGACGAAGUUGGAGCAACACAAGUACAGCUGAAGGAAGUGUAAAGUUACAAGAAGGGUCACAGGUACUACUGAGCAGUUCAAGCGAGAUGGCAACCAUUAAAUACAUUGGACCUACUGACUUUGCACCAGGCAUUUGGCUUGGACUGGAACUGCGUUCACCCAAAGGAAAAAAUGAUGGUUCUGUUGGAGAGAAGCGUUAUUUUACUUGUAAACCAAAUUAUGGAGUUCUGGUACGGCCCAGUCGGGUCACAUACCGAGGGAUUAAUGGCACCCAGCUCGUAGAUGAUAUUUGUGGGUAAAAGAUUUGUUUGCAGUAAGGCAAAGGGAAAAUUAAUCAUACAGAAUUUAACAAAUGCACUUAAGCUAUGAAUUUCCUCCACAUUGACAUCCAGAUACAUUCAUACAUGAAUUUUGGUGUAAAUCACACGUAAAACUACAGUAUGCAGAAGAAACCUUGAUAUCUUACACUUUCCCAUCAAAAUAGAUUUUCAGACCUGCAUAAAAAAGUUUUUUUUAAAAAUUGCAAUAUUACUGUUUCUGCAUCUUUCCUAUUUCCUUUAAUGUGGCAUUGAAGCCAUUAAAAAGCUGAACUACGUUGUACAGUGGCAACAUAAACAAAGCUGUCAUCUCUUCAUCAUUUGAGACGAAUCUCACUCAAUGUAUUCUAAAAAGGUUAUCUACUCCAAAUAGCUCAUUCCUAAAAAUAUAUACAAUUUUAUAAGUUGAAAUAGGUGUUCAAUCCAUCCCACUCAUUUUGAUCAUAAAUCUCACUUAUAUUCCCUUGAAGGUGACCGCUCUGUAAGAAGACAAUUUCAAGUAUUAUUCUACAAUUGAGUGGUUGUAAAUAUUAGGAAAGACUAAAAAGACAGGGGAGCUUUUCUGAGCAAAAUAGAGGACUGAGGCGUGGCCUCAUAGAAUUCUUUCAAGUUAUGAAAUGAUUUUACAGAGUAGACAAGGAGAAGACAUUACUGUCUUUUGGGGAGGUCAAAACUUGCAGAUCCUGAAAACAAGGUAACCAUAAGUUAAGUUCAGAAAAAAAAACUUCUUUAUUCAAAGGGAAUUUAGAAAGUGGAACUCAAUACUGCAUGAGGUUGUUGAGGUAACCCAUAAAGAUGCAUUUAGGGGAUUGCUAUAUAAGUAUGAGGGAGAAGGAUAUGUCGAUAGUGUUAAAUGAACCAGAGUGGGAAAAGCCUUGUGAUCAGAGAUAAUGGGAACUGCAGAUGCUGGAGAAUCAGAGAUAACAAAGUGUGGAGCUGGAUGAACACAACAGGCCAAGCAGCAUCUUAUCAGCACAAAAGCUGACGUUCCGGGCCUAGACCCUUCAUCAGAGAUCUAGUAAAAGCCUUGUGUUGACAUAAACACUAGUAUAGACUAGUCAGAGCAAAUGGUCUGUUUUUAUACUUUAUGUUCUGUGUACAUUUAUGCAAUUACAAUAAAAAGGCUUUAGCACUGGAAAUAAUAUUGACCAUUCAGCCCCUCAAGCAUGCUGUGUCAUUCUAUGAGAUCAUGACUGAUCUGUACCACAACUACAUUUACCAGUUUUGUUUCACAUUCCUCAAUUCCCCUUCCAAACAGAAGCUGUCAGUCUUUUUAAGUGAGGUUUUAGGGUCUAGAUUUCUGCUAACGUUCAUUUGACCAGGUGCUUCCUGUUCUCACUGCUAAUUGGUGUAGUUGUCAUUGUAUGAUAAUAUGUUUAUUGUGGAUUCACCCAUCAGAUGAAGUAAUUAGAUGGAUUUAACAUUCCUCCCUGCCUUAUUUCAAAAUGGAAGUUCACAUUAAAUCCAGUGGAUGACCUCCCUGCCAACUACUGACCUGCUUCUAUACCUGCAAGGAAUUCAUCAGGGGCAGGAUUGGUAUCGGGUGGCCUGCCAGCAGUGGGCUAAUUAAGGCCCUUGAAUGGGCAAUUAAUCGACGGGCAUCAUCCCAUCACCCCAUGUUUUAAACAUAUGAUGGAAGAAGUCCAAAUCAAAUGGCCAGCUGACAGGGUUCCCUUCAUUGGCAGGAAGGGAAGUCCUUCUUUAAUGGCCACUAGGUCCCUUUGGAAGAUCCUCUACACAAGGUCAUGCCCACCUCAGGUUCACCUCUCGCCGUUGUCCCUUGAAUCCAGCACCACCACCUUCUCCCAAGUAAAGUCCUCUCCUUGGCCCUGCAAGUUUCAAUGCAUUGCAGUAUGUCUCCAGAAGCCCCAAGUGCAGGACCGACUGUAACCACAACGGUACUGCCAUCAUUUGAGAGAUGAUUGGCUACUAAUUGGCUAUUAAGUGGCUGGAGAGCAAAAAUUCUCCCUGUAACGUUUUUUGCUGAUGUAGCAGGGACCGUGGCACCACACAUAAUUCAGCCCCUGAGUCUACACUGUUGAAUUCUUUUAACAUUGUAAAGACUCCUGACAGAUCACCUAUAAACUUUUGAUCAUAGGGACCCAGUGGAAUGAAGACAAGCUGGGAAACUGGAUCCUGAAUUAGCUUACUAAUAGGCAAUAGAGAUGGAGGGUUAUUUUUGGAAUUGGAAGCCCGUGAACAGUGGUAUAACACAGGAUUGUUGCUGGGACCCUUGCUGUUUGUUGUAUGCAUUAAUGAGUUGGAUAUGAAUGUAGAAGGCAUAAUUAGCCGAUGAUAAGAAAAUUUGGUGUUGUUGAUCGUGAUCAGAUUAGUCUCAGGUUACAGUCUGACAUUGAUUAGCUUGUAAAUUGGGCAGACCAAUGGCAGAUGGAAUUAUGGAAUUGUUUAAUCCCAAUAAGUGUGAGAUGAUGCAGUUUGGGAGGUCCAAUAGGAGAAUAUAUACAUACUGAAUGGUAGGCACUUAGGAAGCACUGAGGAUCGAAGGGACCUUGGUGUGCGAGUCCAUAAACCCCCUGAAGGUGUCAGCACAGGUAGACAAGGUGGUGAAGAAAGCGUACAGACUAAUUGUCUUCAUUAACUGGAAUGUAGAAUAUAGGAGCAAGGAAAACUUGUUACAACUUUACAACUUAAGGAAUAUUGUGCGCAGCGCUGCUUCCCACACUAUCUAGAAGGACACGAUUGCACAGCUAUGAGGAGAGACUAGAUAAACUGGAGUUGUUUUCCUUGGAACAGAGGAGGCUGAGGGGGAAUCUGUUGAGGUAUUCAAAAUGAUGAGAUGCACAGACAGAAUAGUUCAUGAAAAUCUCUUCCCAUGACAGAUGUGCCUAAGUCUAGAGGGCAUAAGUUUAAGGUGAGGAGCAGGUGAUUUAGAGGAAAUCUAAGAAAAACCAGAGGGUGCUUGAUAUGUGGAACAUGCUGUCUACGAAAAUAGUGGAGGCAGAUACUCUCACAACAUUUAAGUACUCAUCCAGAUGCUUAUUUAAAUACCAGGACAUUGUAGGCUAUGGACAAAGUAUAGAUAAAUGGAAUUAAUGUAGUUUGGUGUAUGGUGUUUGGCCGAGAUGUGGUGGGCUGAAGGGUCUGCUUCUGUACUGUGUGACUCUAUGACUGAAUCCAAGAUGGAACAAGGUUAACAAAGGGAAGUAGACUUCACAAUUUAAUUAUUUAAGGUACGUUACUAAUAUGGUGAAACUAUUAUGUUUUAUGAUCUAAGUCUAAAUCGCGUUAGUAAUGGAAAAGCUUUUCAGAUUGUAGGUUUGAUAGGGAGAAACUUGUUGUUUGUGAACAGAUUGAGGAAGAGAGGCAACAGAUUUAAAAUGAUUAGCAAAAUAAACCAAAGUAAUAUGAGAAAAAAAACAGUUCAUGCAGUAAUUUAGCUUAAAGUCUGGAAUGCACUAUCCAAGAAGAUUUAACUAAAACAUCCAGAAAGAAAUUAAAUUGUUAUCUGAAAAGGAAGAAAUCACAGGCUACCAGGGAGAAGUUGUGAAAGUGGAACUAAAUAAGCUUUUCAUUCAAGAGCUGGUGAGGUGCGGUGGGCUGAAGGCUGCUUUUUAUUGUGUAAAGUUUUGAGAUUCUUAACAUUCUGCACCUAAUAACAUGAAUAAUGGUUAAAUAAAUUGAGGCAAAGUGAAAAACAAAGUCACCAUAGGGCUGCUCUCUCAUUAGAGAGAGACAACUGGUGAUGCUUUAACCAGAGGGUCACCAGACCUCAGGCAAGGGGAGAAGUUAGGAAGGGAGUCCUUGGUAUCCUCAGCCAGUGUGGUGUUGAAUUCAUACUGUUUCGGCAUCACUGUACGUUACAGACUGGCCGUCCAGCCACCUGAGCUAGCCAGCUCCCAUAAUGAAAAGAAAAAUACCCAUGUAGACUUAUCGUCUCUGGAACCCAAAUGGCUUAUAAUUGCUUUUAUUGUUUUAUGUCAUUUUACACAUGUUAGGUUUGACCAUAUCAAAUUUGGAGGACACUUUGGAUGUCAUUUUACAUUAACAAAAUAAUUGCAUUUUGUGGUGUUAUUUAGCAUGGAAAUUUUGUGUUGUGCCCACAUUGGAAAUUCAAGGCAUGCUUAGCUUGCAUACAAAUGAAAAAGGUCAAUGAAAACACAGUGAAAAGUUUCCCAAUGCUGAUGAUAUGAAUGGCUAUGGUUAGUAAUUAUUCCCAAACAUACAUAUAAUGUACACAAACCAUUGCACUUUGUUGAAGGUAAUACUAUUGAUCUUACCUAAUUGUAAGAGACAACAGUAUCCGCUUUAUGUAUAAAAAUAUUUGAUAACUGAUUAAAUGAAAGUACCAUACACCAUCUACUACAUAGUGUAUGUGAAAGUAUUGUAAAACAUAAACAAAAUGUCAUUUCCUAGUUAGGUUUGACAAGAUACAUUUUGUUCCUUAAACAUUUUCAGUCAUUUGGUGAAUGUGAACACACAUAAAACAUUUCUUCCUUUCCAACUGCUGAUUUACAGCUGUAAUAUCCUUUCAAAACAAAUGCAUUUAUAUGGCUUUUUCAAGGUCAACUAGGCAUGGGCAAUAAUUGCUGUCCCAGCCAGUGAAACCUGCAUUUCAUUGAAUAACAAAAAGGCUAAUCCAAGCAUAUUUGUUUUCACAAGCACCCCCCCCUCCAAAAAUACCCCACCAUUGUAAAAGCUAUUGUAAGGAGAAGUGGUUCAGGUUCAGUGUACGGCAAGACAAAAUGUGAUGCACUUUGUAAGUUUUUACUGUGUUAGCCACAUAUAAAUAUAUUUAGAUUGUUUUUCAAAGAGGAAGUUGUUAUUUUUGAAUAAAAAUGUUAAAUAUGUUGUGGUUCAUUGUGCUGUUAUAUUUCAUAGCACAAUGUAGGCUUCUUAAUGGAAAAGUUAAAAAAGUAAAAUGCUUAUGAUGUAUAAAAAUCUUCUUAUCUAUUUUUCAAAUUAAAUCAGCAGCGUAAAAAUAUUGGAGUAAAAACAAAAUGUGGGAAAAACUCAGUUGGCUAGGCAGGUCCUGUGAAGAGAGAAACAAUUAAUGAUUGAGGCUACUGUAUUUCCUAAUCAACCUUUUCAGAUAUGUUAUUACACCACCUCAGGAGCCGAUGUGACUUGAACCUGGGUCUCCUGGCUCAGAAAUAGGGACAUUACCGUUAUACCACAAGAUCCCCUAUAGUUUGAGGCUAAUUAUCUCUUGUUGACAAUUGUUGUAACCUGAUUUAAAUUAGCAGUAUCACUUUCUGUAAAUGUUGAAGAGUUAAAGUCAUUACCCCAAUUGUUGGGUGAGAAGUGAUCUUAAAACUGACUCCCCUAUGAUGCAUUAACUUCGCGUGCUGUUAGUAGUGGCCCCUAUGAUCAUUUUAUAAGCAAACAAAUCAGCAAUAAGAUUUCCCAGAGACAAUUUUAAUCUUCAUAGGUAGCAUUACUGUGAUAGCUGUAUAAAUAUGGAUCUUACUGGCUACCUUAUCUGAUCUUGAACAGGUUUUAAUUAGCUUUUAGGAAAGAUAUUAUAAUAGUAACCACAUCAAAGUUUGUUUUGGUUUUGUAUCGAAUAUGACUCCUCAAGAAGUGUAAUUUUUAACUCUAAAGUUUUGACAACCCCUCUCUAUUAAUGCUGCAGUACCCACUGAUUAUUUCCAGCACCUCCUGUUUUAUUGUACCUGGACUUUCUCCAACACAGCCCUCACCUUCCUGGACGUCUCUGGUUCCAUCUCAGGCAACCACCUAGAAACCGAUAUCCAUUUCAAGCCCACCAACUCCCACAGCAACCUAGAAUACACCUCCUCUCACCCACCUUGCUGCAAAAAUUCCAUCCCCUAUUCCCAACUCCUUCGCCUCUGUUGCAUCUGCUGCCAGGAUGAGGCAUUCCACUCCCUUACAUCUCAGAUGUCCUCGUUUUUCAAGGACCACAACUUCCCCCACCACUGUGGUCGAGAACGCCCUUGACAGUGUCUCCCGCAUUUCCCGCAACUCAUCCCUCACACCCCGACCCUGCAAUAAUAACCAAAACAGAAUUCCCCUCAUUCUCAUAUACCACCCCACCAACCUCCGAAUCCAACGCAUCAUCCUCCGACACGUCCACCGUCUGCAAUCCGACCACACCACCAAAGAUAUUUUUCCAUCCCCACCCUUGUCUGCUUUGCGGAGGGACCACUCUCUCUGUGACUCCCUUAUCUGCUCCACACUCCUCUCCACACCCAGCACUUUCCCCUGCAACUGCAGGAAGUGCUACACUUGCCCCUAUACCUCCUCCCUCACCCCCAUCUCAGGCCACAAGAAGACUUUCCAUAUCAAGCAGAUGUUCACCUGCACAUCUGCCAAUGUGGUAUAUUGCAUUUGCUGUACCGUUGUGGGCCUCCUCUAUAUUGGCGAAACCAAGUGGAGGCUUGGGGACUGCUUUGCAGAACACCAAUGCUGGGUUCGCAAUAAACAAUUGUACCUCCCAGUCGCGAACCAUUUCAACUCCCCCUUCCAUUCCUCAAAUGACAUGUCCAUCCUGGGCCUCCUGCAGUGCCACAACGAUGCCACCCGAAGGUUGCUGGAACAGCAACUCAUAUUCUGCUUGGCAAUCCUGCAGCCCGACGGUAUCAAUGUGGACUUCACAAGCUUCAAAAUCUCCCCUACUGCAUCCCAAAACCAGCCCAGCUGGCCCCCGCCUCCCUAACCUGUUCUUUGUCUCACAUAGCCCUUCCUCCCACCUCAAGCUGCACCCCCAUUUCCUACCUACUAACCUCAUCCCGCCCCCUUGACCUGUCCGUCCUCCCCAGACUGACCUAUCCCCUCCCUACCUCCCCACCUACACUCACCUCUACAGGCUGUGUCCCCGCCUCUUUAACUUGUCUGUCUCCUCUACACCUAUCUUCUCCUCUAUCCAUCUUCAAUCCGCCUCCCCCUCUCUCCCUAUUUAUUUCAGAACCUUCUCCCCCUCCCUUUUCUGAUGAAGAGUCUAGGAAAUGUCAGCUUUUGAGCUCCUAAGGUGCUGCUUGGCCUGCUGUGUUUACCCAGCUCCACACUUUGUUGUCUCUUCCUGUUUUAUUGCUGCUUUUAAGAGCAACGUCGUGUUUGUACAAUUUUGUGGAAGUUUACAAUAUCUUUUCCUUCAAUUUUGGUAGCAGUUCUCCUCUGCUAUUCAAUUAGAUCAUAGCUGAUGUAAUUAUCUUUUGAAUUACACAUAUCAAAUAACCCUUGAUAACCUUUGGCUCUCUUACCUCACAAGAACUUAUCACCACCUCACAAAUAUUCAAUGACCUGCUGAGGCAGAGAAUUCCAAUAGUACAUAAUUCUCAUCUCUUUCCUAAAAGGACAAGCGCUUGUAAACAGUGCCUCCUUGUUCUAGGCUCAGCCCCAAGGAAAAACAUACUUUCCAUAUCCACCUUGUCAAGACUGUUUACCCUUAUACAUUUCAAUCCAGUCUCUCUUUAGUCUUCUAAAUUUCAGUUGAAACAAGCCCAUCCUGUAUAACCUAUCCUCAUAAGACAACCCACUUAUUCCAGGUAUCAAUCUAGUAAACCUCCUCUGAACUAUCUCCAGUGCAUUAACAUUUUAUCUUCAAGAAGGAGACCAAAACCGCACAUGGUAUUCAAGAUACAACGUCACCAAUGCUUUAAGUGCAACAUCCUAACUUUUAUAUUCAAUCCCUCUUGUUAUAAUAAUAAAAUUUCUACAGUUUAUUUAAUUAUAUCCUGUACCUGCUUACUAACUUCUUGUGACUUAUGUACUGGGACACAUGGGUUCCUUUGCAUCUCAGAAUUUUACAACUAAUGAGUCUGACGCUCUCUCCACGGACGACAUCAAAAAUCCUGUUUUCUGCCUUCCUUCUUUCUCGAAUUGAAGAGUUACAUUUACUACUUUAUAGUUGGAUGGAACCUUUCCAGAAACUAGCAAAUUUUGGAAAACUGAAGCCAACGCACCUAUUAUCUCACUAGGCACCUUUUUGAAUAUCCUAGGAUGAAGUCCAUCAAAACCCAGGGACUUGUCAGCCUGUAGCUUCAUCUGUUUGUUCAGUAACACUUUGCUAAUGAUCAUAAUUUCACCAGAUCAGUGGUAGCAAACCUGCUUCACACAUGUGUCAGGAGAACAACUUCAUUUUAAACUAUUAGCCUGAUACAUGGAAAUGAUUAUUUGUCAUCUCUACUUUCCAUAUUAUGAUCAUUCAUUUCUAAAUUGCAGAAGUACUACAACUACUGCACUGAUAGUAUCGAACUAGUGUAAAUAUAUUCACUAUAUCAUUUGCAUGUUAUCCACUUUUCAAUUAAAUUAGGAAGGGAUAUACCAGUGGUGUGUAAGCAGAAAAUAUUAAUUUGGCCCAAUGAAAUAUAAAUUAAACCCAACUAUGCUCCUGUUUUAUGUUCAUAUGUUUGUUGAUGCAGCAAUUCAUUUGCUAUCAAAUUAGCAAUGAAAUAUGCUUGUAACACAUACUUUCAACUGUUUCCAGAAAUGUGUAUUUCUUCCAUUGCAAUUUAGUAGGGAGAAUACUAAUCAAUAUGGCUCAGCCUAUCAAGGUCAGAAAUUUUUAGGUAUAUAGUAAUGGGGUUAACUGCACUUAAACCAAUCUCCUAUUAAAUUAAAUCUUAAGAGAUAAUUUCCUUUCCUCAAUGACCCAUCUGCAAACAUUAAUGAUUAACACAAAUGUUGCUGAAAGACAAGAGGAUAUAUUACAAGAAAGCUCUAGAUUCAUGGAUUGGUGUGUUGAUAAUAUAUGAACCAGAUAGUACUGAUGACAUGGAGGUUUAUUGGGAAAAUUAGUCUCAAAUGAACAUAUCGUUGAUUUUGUGAGACAGUAGGGCAUAUUGUUCGGGCCAUGAGCAGAUACAAAGAAGAAAUGUGUGGCGGGAAAUAUACAUGUGCAGAACGAUGAGUUUGGAUAUAGCCAAGUUUGCAUGUCACUAUGUUUUUUAAGCUGCUGAGCCGUCAGCAUUGGUUAGCUCCUUGUACCAGAACCAGAGAAAGACAUGGCAGGAAAUUAGACAAAGCAUUUCUUUGAGGUCUACUGACAAAGAAUGAUGAGAACAUUUAAGGAAGUGUUGUUACUUAAAGAUAAGUGAUUACAUAGAGGACAGAAGUUGUGUUAACUUGUAAGUAAGUUGGAAGUGGUUGAAUAAUAGCUUAAGCUGUUCCAAAAGGUUAGCUGUGAAGAAACAGUCUGCUAAUUAUCAAUGGCUUGGAUGCAAAUUUGGAACUGGAAAUUGGUCUUCUGGAUCGUUGGGCAACCCUUGCUGACAAAAUAAAGAGAGUAAUUAAUGAGGUGCAUUUUACCACUGCAGAUCACUAUCCCGAGAGGAUGUUAGGAAGCAUGCUUGAAAGGAGGGGCUGGGGAUUGCGCUCAAUCCUGAAUACAGGACAUAAAGAUCCUGGAACAUGAACUCGGUUGCUGUGGCUGUAUAUAGCAUUAUAUCUCAUUAGUUUCUGACCAUGGGUAAAUACAGAGAACAUAUUGCAACUGAACUUACAACUUAAUGAUCAGCUUCACAUUUGGCAUAUCUAACAAUUUACAUUUGUUAUUUCAAUUUAUAACAUGGCUUGUCUAAUUUUCUGCUUCUCCAAUAAAACCCCACUUAAUAUAAAUAAGAUGUCAAGUGGAGGAUGGCCGUGAAAUUACAAGCCUUUAACUGUCUUGGAAUAGGCUAUCUGUGACAUCUUUGUUUAUGAGAGCAUUGAUGAGAGUUAAAGCACAAUCCUCUCCAAACUACCCAGUUCUUAAAUCUUGUCCUUUUUCCAAUGAUUCACAUAUAAUACUUUUCUGUUGUAAGUUGUAUCUUCAGGAGAACAUUGUAAUAUUGUUAAGCCUAACAGAGUAAACUGUCAAGUUUGUGAAAGUGGAAGUAUAGCUACACAUUUAUCCUCAGGUAGGAAUGAAAAGUAAUGAAAGAGCAAAUGCUGAUUGGAAAAGAGAAGUGAUUUCUGCUGGUUGUCAUCAAGAAUUAAUUGAUUACCCUGAACCAAAACUUGAAUUCACAAGGGACCUUACACGUUCUGAGGGUGUACCAAGGUGAUUUAUGACCAUUGAAAUACUUUUUAAGUGUAGUCACUUACAGUGUACUUUGGGCAAGACAAUAACAUCAUCAACUAUUUCUGUUGCUGUGCAGCAGGGGGAAGAUAAAGUAGUUGGUUCACUGCUGAACCAUUUUUUACCAUGCAUCUGUGGACAUAAUGCCAGCUGACAGUGCUGAUGAUGAUGAUACUGUCAGCCGAGAAAGAGACAGAGACAAAUCGCCCUCCAGAACAAAGUAGUCUGAUUAUCAGUACCCCACUGUCAUCUUCAAGAUUCCCUCCCCAUAUCAUUCAAUCUCUUUGUCACUGGCACUCAGUAACAGCAGUAUGCACCAUCUGUGAAAUGCCUUGCGGCAAUUUGUCAAACCACAUUGGACAGCAUCGUCCACACCAAUGAUUUCUAUCACCUAGAAGGACAUUGGCAGCAUACACAUAGAAACACCACCUUGGUACAAUUACAACAUUUAAAAGGUUUCUGGAUGGGUAUAUGAAUAGGAAGGGUUGAGUGGGAUAUGGGCCAAAUGUUAGCAAAUGGGAGUACAUUUACUGAGCAUAUCUGGUUGGCAUGGACAAGUUGGACUGAAGGGUCUCUUUCUAUGCUGUAUAUCUACAACUCCAUGACUUCUGCUAGCUGCCACCAUACACCAAGCUGAGUUGUAACAAUGUUAUGGGACAAAGUCCUGGAACUCCCAAAAAGUACUACAGAUCAGGCAAUCAGAGAUGGACAACAAUGCUCACAAUGCAGAAGAGAAAGGUAACAGUUGAGUACAGUAGUGUCAGCAACUAUAAAAGUUGAAAGGAUCUUUGUGUAACACACAACACAACAUUGCAUAGCAUCCCUAGUAAAACUGUUACCAUUGCUCCAGCCAAUUCACCUAAGUCCAUUUCUUUUUGGGGUACUUGGAGAGUUAUGAGAGUGAUAACGCUUUCUAUUCUGAUAGAAUUUGCUUUAUUUUAUUUUCUCCUCCCCCUAGACACCAAAAAUGUCUUUUUUCUUACAGUGGUUGUCCCUUUCUUAGAAACCCUUAACUCCCAUUCUUGUUGCAGAAAUCAUAAAUAUAGCAUUGUUACAAAUAUGGAUCAGCUAAAAAAUCAUCUUUGAUUCGGGAUUAACAGUCAGUCCCACAGACAGUCUGAGUGUCUUGCUUUUAUCAGGCUACCUUCUAUUUGCUUAAAAGAUAGCAGAACAACAAGAUCUCAUUUUGAUUUGAAAAGGAUACAUGUGCCUUUUGCAAUAUUUCUUCAAUUGUUUUGCAAGUGGAGCAGAUUAACACUCUACAUGAAAAGGCUUAGUUGAAUUGUUAAGCCAUGUCACUCCACAGUAGGUGAAUAUAUACUGUGGUAAUAAUCAGAUUUGCCUGAUCGAAUCAAUACAGUUUAUCUCUGUGAAAUAACAUGACAAUAAUGGGCUCAUUGUGUAGCAUUUGCUUUACUUAAACAGGCAAGCAUCUCUGCAUUCUAUCCCAACAACUCCUAGCCCUCUGGAUUCAUGGCUUCUGCAAACCUCUAAAGUCUAGCUGUCAAUGUAGUGUUCCACGUCCAAAGCCAGGAGCCUUUUCAGAUGUCUAACAUGCUUCAUUUCCAAAUGCACACAAUCAAAAAGAGAUCAAAUACUUCCCAACAUAAUGAGUUUAACAUGUUUGUCAGUGAAGCUAACAAAAUACUUAUUUGUAGUCUAUAAGGAAAUAAUUUCAACGUUAGCACAUGUCUCAGAUAUUUUUAUUUCACUGAGGGUAAUACAAUAUUUUGAAAUGCUGAGGGUGGAAUCUUAUAAGGAUUUGAGUGAUGUGGCCUAUGGCAAGAGUUUUAGCAGAAUCAAAUGAAAUUCCUGGUGAGGCUGUGCUUAACAUCUUGAGCAUCCCACUCUCAUUGCUAUGUCAUCUUUUCUCAAUAUCGAGCUUGCUGAAUAUUAAUCAGGCAAGUUGUGCCAUCAACAAGUCCUUUAACAAACAAUAAUGUGUCUCAAUUGGCAAGUCAUCGCUGUCAAGUGAGAAAUUUGUCACGCUCACCACCGCCUCCCAUGUGCCUUGUCUGAGGCAAAUGUCAGGAACUGUGCAGAGCAGCCCUGGACUGUCAGUUCUUGCCUGAGUGCAUAGGCGGAAAGGAUACCAAUGGAUCCAGGAUAUCUGCUGAGUGGUUCAAUCCUCCUACAACAGUGCAUGGUAUGAUUGAGCAAUGAGGGAUGUUAUUGGUGGUAGGGUACGGUCGUUAAUGAAGUGAGCUUGGUAAAAUAUGAAGAGAAAACUUGUUUCGUGUCAUCGCUGAAGUCCUUCUUAAAAAACACCUGACAAACUCAGAUAAAAAAUAGAUUCAGUUCAGAAUAGUUCUUUUAACUUUUCUGUAAAUAAAAAUUAUAAAGAAAAAUUAAAAUUAAUCAUGGGUCCCUGUAGGAAGACCCAUUGUUACAAUACUUCAGGACCAAACCAAAAUAUGAUCAUCAUGGAACCUGUCGUGCUAAACUUUUCUAUUAAUUUAUUGAGUCAAAGGAUUUUGUUUUACAAAAAUUGUACAGAGAACAAAGAAAGUUUCCUAUUAAAGCAACGUUCUAUCUUCCUAUGUCUUUACAUCAAAUCAUAGCUGCUACAAUGGCUUACCCGUUCUGAACACCUGUUUCACAUGGCUGUCAGUCAGAGCAGACCAGAAAGUGGGCUUUAGGCCUAAAUUUGAUGAGCCAUGAUCUUAUUGAAUGGUAGUGAAGGUUUGAAGAGCCAUAUCACCUACCCCGCUCUUAAGUCCUAUGUUCCUAUUAUAUUGGAAGUUUGGAAAGUAGUGUGGCCUUUUCCUUCCUUUAAAUAUAUUGCAAUGACACAGCUAUUUCUGGAAAUAACUACUUGCACUGUGUAUAAUGAUCAGCAGAAAUGCUCAUAGGUUCUUUAUGAAUGAAUGUCAAGCACGAUUGACUUCUACCCAUGUUCCUCUUAGUAACUGUGCAUGCUACCUGAAAAUCACCCUGAAUCUCUUAUCAAUUAAGAAUCUAUUGCUGUGACUAAUAGGUUAUUUUAAUAUGUUGUAUGUACAUGUAUGUGGUGAUUUUUGCAUUAAUUUGUAAACUUGAUUUCAAAAUUGGUAAAUGAGAUUGAAAUUUUCAAAAGAAUGCACAGCUUCUUGAUUUCCUAAAGUUAUUACCCAGAUUACCUUUUUGAUCCCAGUUGAUGAUACUACCAGGCAAGUCAGAUCCCUAGAUCAUUUGAAAAAAAACAUGGUUGUCAUCACUGAAACAAGAGCACACAAUGUUGUAGAUUUUCUUUAAUGAUGGAACAAAAACUUAUUGCACAACGAAAUGAAUUUUAAAAAGAAGCAAUCAAAAUAUAGAACAUGAUUUGAAAAAUCUUAAAAUCCACAGAAAAACAAAGUCUUCAACCUAUUUGUGAAUGCUAUCACGUCAUUGGUUCACAUCUAGAGAAAGUACCCUUGUGCCUCAAAUCUUCAAGUUUGACUCAACUGAUUCUUCCCUGUUCUUUUCUGUGAACUGUGAAGUCUUCUCUCAAGAGUACCCAUAGAACUGAACGCACAGAUGUUCUCAGUCUUUCAGUUAUUUGCAGAUUUCUAACCAAACAUUUCUAUAUCUAGAUGUACAAACUCAACUUCUACCCAGGUUACUUAUUCCCUUAACUGUCCUAUACUUCUUUCAAGCACAGAAAGUACGCUGUGCUUCAGACCCCAGACAAAUCUCUUCCAACACAACUCAAAAACCUCCAGCCUCUGGGCUUUUUCUUAGCCAAAAUCAAGUCUUGAUUAUCCUGAACCAAAAAUAAGCUAAUUUCCCUCAAUAUUUACAUGCCCUAUCAUAAACCCAACUCACUUCCAUUAACAGUCUAGGGGUCCCUAAUCUCUGUCACGUUAUGGAUUAGAUCAAUGUUCCAGAGCUAGUUAUUUUUAAAACCCUUUUAAAAAGUAACCAACAACCAUAUGCCACUAUUUUGCAAUCCAAACUCUAAAAAAUUAUCAUACAUCUUUGAUCAUGGUACUCAAUGUUAUUUAUUAACAUCAUCCCAUUUUUGUAUAAACUCGGCCAUUAAAAGUCUGUUUCCAUAAUACAAUGACCAAGGGCAAGAUAUUUUUCUUUAUUGAUCAUUUAUUCUAGCUGUCAGUUGUUCUGCCCCUCAGUUUGAUUUACAAUACAUCAAACUUUCCAACAAUUUUGGAUAUAUGUUGUUUUACAAAAUAUUUCCAUUGUGGUAAUUCUUGCAUUCUGUCGAAGGUGGCAUGUUGUAAGACACAAUAAACUGAUUAGCACCUGAACAUAGAACAUAGAACAGUACAGCACAGAACAGGCCCUUCAACCCACGAUGUUGUGGCGACCAUUGAUCCUCAUGUAUGCACCCUCAAAUUUCUGUGACCAUUUCUGAAAGUGGUCACAAUUCACAUUGUGUGCAGUCAAGUAAUGCAGCAAAAGAGAGCAGCCUGAAAGUUGUCUUAACUCAGUUCUCAGUACAUAUCAUCAUGAACUGUGGCUCUACUCAAGCUGAUCUUGUCAGAAGCUGAUCAGUUUUGGUUGGAUCAAAUGUCGGCCAAGUCACUAAGGUGCUUUUGGUGCUCUCUGUUCCAAAUUAAACCAUUACUUUUCUAAAAUAACUGGUCCUUUUAAUGCCUGAAGUCGUGCUUGUGAAAGUAAUCUGAGUUUGCAGCAAUGUAGGUUCAUCUUGUUUUAAAGAUAGUGGGGACUGCAGAUGCUGGAGAUUCCAAGAUAAUAAAAUGUGAGGCUGG